AUGGCCCAAUCUUUCCACGUCACCUCUUCCAUCACGGGCAGUAGUCCCUUAAAACCGAGUAAUUGUGGCUCCGACCUGGUUGCGCCCUUCGAAGCGACAACUCUGGACGAGUUGGCGAAGGGACCAAACGCAGCGAGGUCGGAGUACAAGGUGGUGGUGGUGGGGGCUGGGAUCUCAGGACUCCGUGCCGCGGCCGUGUUGCACCGCCACGGGUGCGAGGUGGUGGUACUCGAGGCCCGGGAUCGCAUUGGUGGAAGAAUCCUGACCAGUCGGAAAGGGGAUCAUGUCCGAGAUAUCGGCGCCGCGUGGAUGCAUGAGACCUCCCAAAACGGGUUGGUGAAACUCAUCCCUCAGUUGGCGAUCCCAUACUAUUAUGACGAUGGGUUGCCGCUCUACUUCACCCGAGAAGGCCGGGCGGGAUCCCAGUUCAAGGCGAAGAAAGUCGCCGAUGAAUUCGCCGACUAUUGCGAAUGGUUUUAUGAAACCAAUCCCGAUGCUGAGGAUCGCCCGGUCCAUGAAUUUGCGACCGAGUUCGUCCUCCAGCAUCAGCUGAUCACCGAGGACGAGCGCGAUUGGGCUCCGCAGGCGGUCCGUGAGGUCGAAUUGUGGAUCGGCACAAGUACCGAUCAGGCCUCGUCCAAGCAUUUGUCCUAUUUCAUUACCGAGCGCAAUCUGUAUAUGAAAGGCGGGUACGAUCGGAUCGUCAACUGGACUGCGGAGCCUCUCCGCGGCGAUCCCAGUAUCAUCCGAUUGAACCACAACGUCGAGAACGUGGAGUGGAAUGAAAACGGGACCGAGCAGGCUCGAGUUCAAUACAAGGAUGCCGAUGGAAACAUCGGCUUCGUCGAGGGAGAUGCAGUGAUCAUGACCAGUCCGCUGGGCGUCUACCAUCACAACCUCAUCUCGUUCAACCCGCCCUUGCCGAGUGACAUCCAAGAGGGCAUGGCCAGGUUUAGCUACGGCGCCCUGGGCAAAGUAUUCUUCGAGUUUGCCGAGGUGUUCUGGUCAAAGGACAACGACCAGUUUGUCUUCUAUCCGUCUCCCGAGGAAUCGGACACUUCGUCUAAAUCAUCAGUGGAUUCCCACACCAGUAUGAAUUCUAUCAUAGAGAAGGACAACAUCCUGAACUACGCCACAGUCACCAUCAACCUGUGGAUCAUGACCGGCGGCAAGGAGCUGUGUGUACAGAUCGCCGAACCGCUAACACAACGCAUUGAAGCCAUGGAAGACUCCAAGGAAAUCUACGCUUUCUUUGAACCGCUUUUCAAACUCUACCGUACGGAGCCAUACAAGGCCCUGCCCCGUAUGAUCAAUGUUGAGACAACACAUUGGACUCAGGACCCGUUGGCUGGGUAUGGCAGCUACUCGGCCGACAAGGUCGGAGAUGACCCGGAGCUGCUGGUCGGCGCCUUGGAAAACCACAAGGAAAGUCGGCUGCAGUUUGCGGGUGAGCAUUGCACUCUUGUUGCCAAUGGCUGCGUGCAUGGGGCGUUCAGGACGGGUGAAACCGCCGCUACGAACCUACUCACGAGCUUUGGCAUUCCAUUCGAUGGUGAGAAUGACAUCGGAUCGAAAUGA